ACUACUACAACAACAACAACCACUACAACAACCACAAACAUUACAACAACAACAAUAACAACCACUACAACAACAACCAGUACAACAAUAACCACUACAACAACAACCACUACAUAAACUACUGCAGCAACAACAAUUACUACACAUUGUAAUUUAAGAGCGGAAAUUUUCUAG